UUUCCUGCAGGCAAACUUGUAGUUUCUAACGGUGUCUUUCUAACCAAACUUGACAAAACUUUAUUCAUCAUGGACGUUGAUACAAAAAAAGCUGACUGUCAUGAAAAUCAUUGUGGCAACUCAACGCAUUCUGAAGUUAAAUUAAACGAGACACCAAACACCGUAGAUAACAAUGAAAAAUUAUCAAAUGAAGAUUUACCUAAAAAUAAGGAUGACCAAGACAGCGAAGAACCCAAUGAAGUUAUUGAAAAUAUAGAAUUUAAAGUUAUUUAUAAUAAAAAAAAAAUUGACGUCACCUUCCCACUGGAUGGGUUAGUAAUUGAUUUAAAAAAUCACUUACAAAAUAUAAUAUCAGUACCAAAGGAAAUGCAAAAAGUUAUGAUCAAAGGUUUAGCCAAAGAUCAAGAUACUCUUCGCAGUCUAGGAGUUACGAAUGGGGCCAAAGUAAUGAUUGUCGGAUCAAAAUUAGAUGAUGUAUUAUCAGUUUCUGUUCCAAAUAAACAAGAAGUACAAGAUGAAGCUGCGGCAGCUUCAAGUAAGGAACCCUUGACACAACAAAAAAUCCACAGGAAAAUUUUAGAUAAGGGAGUACCUGAAGAUGCUAUGCCUGGAAUUAUAAAUGCUCAGGAUCCUCUUCCGGAAUUCCCAUUAUCAGGAAUGCUUAAUAAAUCAGGUGGUAAAGUUAGAUUAACAUUUAAGCUAGAACAAGAUCAAUUAUGGAUCGGCACUAAGGAGAGAACUGACAAAAUAUCGAUGAAUUCGAUCAAAAAUAUUCAUAGUGAACCGAUUCCUGAAUUUCCGGAAUAUCACAUUAUGGGAAUACAAUUAGGCACAACAGAAGCAUCGAGAUAUUGGAUAUAUUGGGUUCCUGCACAGUACAUCGCUGCCAUCAAAGAUGCUGUCCUUGGCAAGUGGUGUUAUUUUUAAUUUAUGUCCAAUUUUCGAUAAUAAUUAAAAUAAUUACGCGAUUAAUAAAAGUGAACAUUGUCAUGAAACGAC